CCUUACACAAACCAACAUGAUGGCAAUGAGUCGUAUUCUGUCCUUUCAUAUCGCGCCGUUGAGCUCAUACACAUUUAAGUAGGUCCCCGAGUUAAUCUCGGGAUUUGAAAUUUGUUGGGCAGUAAGUCUGGAAUGAUGGUUAAUGGAUCUGAUCUCUAUACCGGAGGGAGAGUUCCUAUUGUGGAUGUAAACCCUAUAGCUAGGUCAUGUUUAUCUUCACUAUCCUCUUCACGACGCCUCUAUGUGGGCUCUUUAGCUCAAGCUGAGCCAAAUUUCCAAGACCCUCUUCUCCAUUAACACGAAUAUUGCCGAGGCCCACCCGAGUGAUCGUCUACCCCGGGUUCAAGCUCAAGGCCGGCGUUGAGAAACUGAAGCUGGAAGAUAAAGGGACGAGGAGUCCAAUUUACUUGUUGCUAAGAAGGUCCUUAUAUACCAACCCGCCCUAAAUACCAACGCCAAUAGUUCGUCGACUUUUCUAGGACGUCAUUUUUCAAUUAGCUACCAUAGGAGGAACAGAAAUAGAAACCAGAGCAGAGGCGGAAAUGCCAUCCGGCCCGUCUACUCCUACACAAGGAUCACGAACAAGAACAACAGAAGACUCAGGACGGCCUCAUGCUUCAGAAUACAACCACAAUCGAACCCCACGCUCAACAUCUCGCCCUCCCUCAUCAUCCUCCAAUAACUCAAACCCCCCUUCUCUAUCAUCAUCCCCUAUAUCCCGCUCCUCCUCCAACACAUCUACACCCACCAUCAUGAGUACAACCACCACCACCACCACUGCCACCAACAACUACAACGACGACGACAACAAUGCAGAUAACACCGACGACGUUCCACAAACCCCAGGAACACCGCGAACGCGCCUCUUCCAAGCGAACUUUCUCACGCUCCUGACCCUGCUCCCAGCGCAGCGCUACCCUCCCUCGCCCACAUCCCCCACAUCGCCCCGACCGCGAUCUCCCACCCCGCGCUCCGAUUCCGAUUCCGCGGAUCGCGACCACGACGGUACGCGGACGAGCGCCGAAGACCGGGAUCGGGGACAGAAUUGGGGUCAGGGUCGGAGUGGGGACGAAGGCGGAGGCCGAGGCGCAAGGGGUACAUAGGUAGAGAUGGCAAUGAGAAAGAAGUACCUACCUGAUAGGCCCCUUACGUCAGUUAGUAAGCAGGUAUGGAGAAAGGGUGUGCGAAUACACGUCAGCACGGGUAGUACGGGGUAGUGGGAUCGAUGUUGGGAAACGAUAGAAGCGAAACCCGGAUGGAUAGGGUACCUGCCUAGGUACCUAUUAGUUUACUCGGGGCUGCUCGGGGCCGCUCGGGGCCAAGCUACAUCCUUGCGAUUUGGCCCGGAAGGAUUUUGAGUAAGGGGCCAUAGCUUGGGAUUGAUUCAGGUUUUAGGUGAUUGAAAUCAAAAGUAUCAUCGGAUCUAUAACAGCCAUACUUCGUGUAAGAUAGGUGAGGCGAGACAGAAAGCAGGUUACAAAGCUCCAACAAAAUGCGGAGCAUGCUGAAGCAACAUUAGAUAGAAACAAGAACCUUCACAUCACGCAAAAUUUGACACAGGUAGGUACGACAAGUGGUAUCAUAUUUUUGUCCUGAUCGCUGUUCGAUAUAGGAUAUUGCCGUG